UCACGAUUGCGUCACUAACCUGGAAGUAAACAAACGCGAUCACGUGAUCAGAAAGCGCGCUGAGAACAAGCACCGCAUGGGUUUUUUUAAUGCACCAGAACUCACUUUCUCGGCUAGACGAUCAACUGAGUUCAUAAAAUUAUCUCAGAGUGGAAUGUAACUCCAUUUCAUCCAGUCAGCAAAGAUUCGUUUGAUGGAAGAUGCCUGAUGAAACAGUUCGCUCUGCAACGUACACAGUGCCCUGUGAGGACUAUGUUCAUGUAGUGGAGUUCAGUCCAUUUGACUGUGGCUUACCUGCAUCACUUCUGGCGUAUGGAGGAAACCAGUAUGUGGUCGUGGGCACUUGUCGUUUUAAGGAGGAAGACACAGAGGUCGAGGAUGUAGAGUUCACUUCUUUGCAAGUGUUCGUGCAUGGAGUGCGUGUAGAUGCUAUCGCGUGGAGCCCUGAAACGCGUCUGGACAAGCUCCCUCAGGUCAUCAGGUUUUGCACCGCAGCGGCUGACAGAAAAAUUAGGCUGUGGAGAUCUGAUCAUCAAAACAAUUGUGAUGUUAAGGUGAUUGAAGGCCACACCAGCUACAUCAAUCAUCUAGUGUUUGAGCCUGCAGAAGGAAAGCGAAUAGCCUCUGUCAGCGAUGACCACACUUGCAGAGUGUGGGACCUUGAUGGUAAUGAAACCAUUUCAUUCAGACUGCGUUCCCCUGGUGUAAGUGUCUGUUGGCAUCCUGAGGACAACUUUAAGUUGAUGGUGGCGGAGAAGAAAGGCACUAUACGGUUCUAUGACCUUGUUACACAACACGCCAUUCUGUCUCUGGACAGCGGGCAGGUGCCGCUCAUGUCAGCUGACUGGUGUCUCACAAACACUAUUAAGGUUGGAGCUGUGGUGGCCAACGAUUGGGUGAUCUGGGACAUUACCCGCUCCAGUUAUCCACUUGAGAAGAGACCAGCUCAUGCUGACAAGGCGAGACAUUUCAGAUGGUCAAGGGCAAAUGAGAAUCUUUUCGCUACCACAGGCUAUCCGGGAAAAAUCAACAGUCAGUUAUUGGUGCAUCAUCUUGGCCAUCCACAGCCUGUGAUGAUUGGUUCUGCAUCUGUGGGGGCUGGUCUAAGCUGGCAUAGGACCCUGCCUCUGUGUGUUAUCGGUGGGGACCGAAAGCUGUUCUUCUGGAUGACAGAGAUGUAACCUGGACAGAAGUCAACUGGAGAGUGUUUCUGUUUUCCUUUUUCAAUAAAUAAAGUAUUUUUCAUGCACUGUCA